CGGUGUAGCAGCGAGGCGCUAAGCGGCUGCAUGAGACGACACGGAGCAUCUUUAGGUUUUACUUUAUGACGGCAUUUGGUCAAAAGUAGGCCCGAGGCACGCUUAAAAACACGGGACGCCUCACAAAUCACUUUGCCACGAGUGGCUGAAGGUUGUGUUGCACCACAUAGUUAGCAAGAAUGGUCUUGUUUUGUGAAAAUAGAUGCCCGCCGUCCUCUGUAACGUCGUGGUAUACACCGUCAGUCUCAGGCCUCCGGCAGUGGAGGCUCGGUGGGUUGAAGUGCUUUCUUACGGUGAAGCAUGGAUAUCAUUUUAGAGCAAAAGCUAACACGGACACAGCAAAAAUGUGCCUGGAAAAGAUACUUAGAGGCUAUUUCGGGUCCUUUUAACUUUCAAAACCACUUCAGUAUUUUAAGUUACCAGCCUACGACACCUGAUAUUUCCAGGGUUGCUGACCAAAUAAUAUGAUCAAGCCCGUUAAAGGAACAACUUUGACAUUUAUAUGACCGCCUAUUAGUCAAGUGUAAAGCAGGGAGCUGCAGAUGGCUGGCUGUGUCAACUGACCAUCACACCACCAACAAAGAGAACAAUCUUAAAUGAAGAAAGAAAACUCCAGAUGUUAUAUUGCCAUGUUUCAUUAUAAAUAUUUAUGUUAUAUAAAGCAUACUACUACAUUAGCUAACUUAAAGUCUCUGUAAAGAACCUGAUAGUGUGGUUGUUGUAAGGGUUCCUACCCCUGUUCUCACUUCUACAAGCAGCAGCCUCACAGAUAGAACUACGAGUCAGCAGGAGUGCUGUCAAGACCGUUUCUCCUAAUGGAACAUAUUUAAUUAGUGCUGCCCAGCCAAUGCUCCAUCUCCUUUGUCCCAGUGCAAACAACUAUUUGUUGGUGUUUAGUUUUCUCUAAGAACAGUCCCACAAACCACUGACAGCAGCAGAGCUCUCAGCUAGAUCGGCUAUAAUCUAGAUGCCAGAGGAAGCGGACGCGAGACUCCACUGAAGAAAAGAAAGAGGAAAUAAUUAUUGUUUUUCCUCAUCAUCCUUGAAGUUGUGUGUCUUUGUUUUGGUUCAUUUGAGUGGAAUCAUGGGGGCCACAGGCUACGGCUACUAUCGUGUAGCCAUCUUCUUCUGCAUGUUCAUCGGCUACUCGCUGUACUUCUUUAACAGGAAGACCUUCUCCUUCGUCAUGCCCUCUGUGAUGGAGGAGAUUGAGCUCGACAAAGAUGAUUUGGGUCUGAUCACCAGCAGCCAGACCAUGGCCUAUGCCAUCAGUAAGUUCAUCAGCGGCGUGCUGUCAGAUCAGAUCAGCGCCCGCUGGCUUUUCUCCAUCGGCCUCUUCGUGGUGGGGGCAAUCAACGUAGCCUUCUCCUGGUCCUCCACAGUGUCCAUCUUCUCACUCCUCUGGUUCAUCAAUGGCCUGGGACAAGGCUGCGGCUGGCCCCCAUGUGGGAAGGUGCUGCGCAAGUGGUUCGAGCCCUCCCAGUUUGGAACAUGGUGGUCUGUGCUGUCCUGCAGUAUGAACCUGGCUGGGAGUCUGGGUCCAAUCCUGGUCACAGUGCUUCUGCAGUACUACGAUUGGAGGACUAUCCUGACCAUGUCAGGCACUUUCUGUGCUGCCUUCUCAUUUGUUUGUCUGGUGUUUAUAAAGAAUGAGCCCAAGGAUGUGGGCUUGCCCAACAUCGAGGCAGCAGCCAAGAAGGGGGCUAAGGGAGGAAAUAGUGAGAGCACCCUGAGUGAGUUCCUUCUGUCUCCUUUCCUGUGGGUGCUGUCUCUGGGCUACUUGGUGGUGUUUGGGGUGAAGACUGCUGCCACUGACUGGGGACAGCUGUUCCUCAUGCAGGAAAAAGGCCAAACUAUUCUCAUGGGCAGUACCUACAUGAGUGCCUUGGAAGUCGGAGGUUUUGUGGGUAGCCUGGCAUCAGGCUUCAUCACUGACAGGGCUGUAGCUCGGCAAGGCUUGAGCACCUACGGCAACCCUCGCCAUGGCCUGCUCAUUUCCAUGAUGGGCGGUAUGUAUGUGUCUAUGUACCUCUUCAGAGUCACCAUCACGCCUGAAAUCCCAGAGGAGGCUCCUCUUUGGGUCCAGGUCCUUCAUCCUGUCUCUGUCCUCACUGGUGUGUCAGAGAAAGAGAUCUGGAUCCUCUUCCUCGGUGCUAUGUUUGGAUUUUCUUCUUACGGACCAAUUGCCUUGUUUGGGGUGAUAGCCAGUGAAUGUGCUCCUUCCAAUUUUUGUGGAACCUCUCAUGCUAUUGUAGCUCUGAUGGCUAAUGUUGGGGCUUUUAUGGCCGGGCUUCCCUUCAGCACUAUUGCCAAACGACACAGCUGGAACAUGGCUUUCUGGAUAGCUGAGGUGAUAAUGGCUGUCACCACUGUUUGCUUCUUCUUAGUACGCAACAUGCGCACUAAAAUGGGACGCAUUGCCAAGAAAAUGGACUAAUGAAUCUUCCUGGAAAGAACCAACUGUCGAUGUCCUGUUAUGUGACUAGAUGGACUGUGAUCUUGCACUGUCGACAGCUCUGUAUACAGAAUACUGCACAUUAAUACAACUCAAAUUUGACCAAACAAAAACGCUGUCAAACAGACUAAACUCAGAUGUGUUUUUUACUGAUUGACUGGGUUGAUGUAAAUGCUCAGGGUGGGUGCGGGUCAUUAUACAACGUAAAUUUACAAUCAGGUACUUUUUUCAGACAUACUAUAUUGAGUUUUUUCCUCACAUUCAUCUGCACAAAGAUGGAUGAUAAUUGCAAAUCACAAGCUGUCACUUUAGUGCUUCCACUUAAUCCUGUUGAAAUAUUUAAAGUUGCUUUAUGACAGCUGUAUGCAAACAAGAAGGUGGACAUGAAAAUAUGUAAAGUUGGUUUUGUCCGGAUAAAGCGGAUGUGUGCUGUUCAUUGCACACCUUGCCUUCAGGUGAGGUCAGUUGUAUUUAACAUAUAGAAUGUGAACUGAUGGGCCUAAAUAUUCUAGAAAAGUAUUUGUCUAGGUAUUAGCACAAAUGUGGUACCAUGUGUCAUGGCCAUUUUACCAAUUCAAGUAUUUGUAAAAAUAUCAUAGGUCUUAAUGUCACUGAAAUGAAAUAACUGAAGAUCAUGUUAUUUUUAUAUGCAGUUCUCUUCUACAUGAUACAGAAUAUAAGAUGGAUGCAGACGUCUUAGGCCAUGUCAGCUUUUAUGAUCUGACAUGUUUUUACAAACUGAUUAACAUCAAACGUUUGCCACAGGUGUUUUGUCAAAGCCACUGUAGUUUUGUAUGGCAGUUACCAUACUGAAUUAUUCAUAUACCUGUGAGAUUUGCCAACUCCAAUAAUUAUGGGUCUAUGCUCUACAUCUUACUGGAAUUGUACAAUGGACCCGAAAGGGUUAAGGACAUCUAAUAAAUGUGCAGAUUCA